UCCACGGGCCUUCUCCAGACAAUUCCUUCCAGACCCAGGGACCCGUGCCCGAGGACCUCAGGCUGAUGGGGGCCCAGCUCUGCUCCCAGGCUGACGCCAAGGCGCCGCGAGAGACACUCCGCUUCCACGCCGAGGCCAAGGGCGCGCAGGUGCGUCUGGACGCCGGGCGGUGCACUGCGCACAGGCGCGCCACGUUCCACGACGGCAUCGUGUUCAGCCAGCGGCCGGUGGCGCCGGGCGAGCGGGUGGCGCUGCGCGUGCUGUGGCACGAGACCGGCUGGUGGGGCGGGCUCCGCGUGGGCUUCACGCGCCUGGACCCCGCGCGCUUGUCCGCGCCCAGCCUGCCGCCCUUCGUGUGCCCAGACCUGGAGCAGCAGAGCCCGACAUGGGCGGCCAUGCUGCCCGAGGGCGGCGCGCUGUCCGGGGACGUGGUCCGCUUCUGGGUGAACCGCGGCGGCCGGCUCUACGCCAGGGUCAACGCGGGCCCCCGGCUCCUGCUGCGCAAGGGCGUGCUCCUGGGCGCCCCGCUCUGGGCCGUGAUGGACGUGUACGGGACCACCAAGGCCAUCGAGCUGCUGGAUCCCAGGGCCAGCGUCUUCCCCUCAACCAUGCCAUGGCCCUUCAGUGAUGAGACUCUGCAGCCUGAAGGGUGA